ACUCUUUCUUCCUCAAAAAUCCUUUGCACCACCAUUCUUGUAAAGACUUAGUCUUCUCUCUCAUCUCUCUUCAAUGCUCUCAUGAUAACAAAACAAACUCUCUCACCACAAAUUCUAUAACAAUAAAUAAAUUUGUCAGAGAAGAAAUUUCGUCGAAUUGAAAAAGAAAAGAAUAAAAAAGUUAUCUUUAUAACCUUUUUCUUCUUCUACUUCUAAUCAUUCACACCCAAUUUAAACGAUACCUGUCCGAUCUCUAUCCAUCAAUAUUUUCUUGUAAAGUACUCUGUUUUAGCUUCACACGCCAUUUUUUUCUUUCUUUCUCUUUGACUUCAUAUAAAUAAUCAUGCCUGACAAAGAAUUGUAUUUGAUUUUUUAAGAUUUACAGAUACUUAUUUAUUUUGAUAGAGGGUAACACAAAGGGUUUGGCUUUAGUUUUUCUUUUGUUGGGAUGGGACUUUGUUGGAGCUCUUCAUCUGAUUCUUCUCCUCCUACAACAACACCUACCUCUACUGGUAACAUCAGUUCAGGGGCUUUAAAGUCAUCAAACAACACGACGACUACAGGAACAUCAAGGGGAAGUAACAUCUCUAGCAAUAGUGGGUUCUCUGUGACAAGUGGUGAAGAUGCUUAUCCCGAGGGACAGAUACUUCCCAUUCCGAAUUUGAGGAUAUUCAGCUUAGCAGAACUUAGAGCUGCAACAAGAAAUUUCAAGUCUGAGAAUGUUCUUGGAGAAGGAGGAUUUGGGAAAGUCUUUAAAGGCUGGCUUGAAGAUAAGGCGCCUGGGAAACAAAGCGUUGGAACCGUGAUUGCUGUUAAGAAACUGAAUGCUGAAAGCUUCCAAGGAUUCGAGGAAUGGCAAUGUGAGGUAAAUUUUCUUGGGAGGGUCUCUCAUCCGAACCUAGUGAAACUAUUGGGAUACUGCUUGGAAGGUGAAGAGUUGCUUCUUGUGUAUGAGUUUAUGCAGAAAGGGAGUUUAGAGAAUCAUCUCUUCCGAAGGGGUUCUUCUGUUCAGCCGCUCUCAUGGGAGAUAAGGCUUAAGAUCGCAAUAGGAGCAGCUAAGGGAUUAGCGUUCCUGCACGCUUCAGAGAAGCAAGUAAUUUAUAGAGACUUCAAAGCUUCAAACAUUCUACUUGAUGGGUCAUAUAACGCAAAGAUAUCAGAUUUUGGAUUAGCGAAAUUAGGUCCUUCCGCGAGUCAAUCUCACAUCACAACACGGGUUAUGGGUACACAAGGUUAUGCAGCUCCUGAGUAUGUUGCUACAGGUCACUUGUAUGUAAAGAGCGAUGUUUACGGGUUUGGCGUUGUCUUGGCCGAGAUCUUAACUAGUUUACAUGCGCUUGAUCCUACUCGUCCCACCGGACAACACAAUCUAACCGAAUGGAUUAAACCUCAUCUGUCCGAAAGAAGAAAACUAAGAAGCAUAAUGGACCCUCGUCUAGAAGGAAAGUACCCUUUCAAAUCCGCUUUCCGAGUCGCUCAACUGGCUUUAAAAUGCCUUGGACCCGAACCUAAGGACCGUCCAUCGAUGAAAGAAGUUGUGGAAUCGCUUGAACUCAUAGAAGCUGCUAAUGAGAAACCGUUAGAGCGAAGGACCACUAGAGCUGCUUCUCCAUCCGUCCGUCAACAACAAGGCCAUUAUCGCCCGCAACAUCUCUCUUCAUUUCGUCCUAGGCAUACCAUGGCUCGAGCUCGUUAGUGUUGUUUUGAAGCCACGAGAUUCUUUUUUUUUUUUUUUUAAGUUUUGUAUUUGUUAAAAGAUCAUCAGAACCCAAUUCGUAUGUAUUACUACUACUAUAUGGAACAACCAAAAUAGAGAAAACAGAACAUAUGCUGUACUUGUAGUUGUA